UAACUGCGUCAACUAUGAAAUUAAGUCAGCAGAACACACGAACUUAUGGUUUUGAGUACUUUCGGAAAAAUAAACCGCACCCUAUUGUACCUACAGAAAGGGGAAUGGAUUGAGUGGCCAUAUUAACACAUCGUUCAGAAUGUUUCGCCAUCACCAUCAUCGUCCAGUCUAGGGUCGAUGAGAAGGGACAGAAGGAGCGUUGAUGCAAUCAAUCACUGCGUGAAACCAUCAUCGUGAGCGACCCCGGGGUACCACCGGCAGCAGUCAGCGACCUGCCGAUUCGAAUUAUGCAAAUUCACUUGUUUUAAUGCGCGGUUCUUGAAGAUGGUGGGGGGUUUCAACGCGCGAGGAAAUGACGUAACCGGGAAUCCAAAGUACCCUGGGGGCAAGUGUGGUUAAACUAGUUGUAAUUGGCACGCAUUCCCAGACGCUAUUAUCGACACGUGGACGAGCAGUGAUGCGCAAAAAGCUGACCCAUUUCAGAGGCCUUAUCAGCCCACCGAUCCACGCGAUAGAGUUCAGCGUGCUGAUAAGGGCUGAAGGCCCUGGGGAAAUCCGAACUGUUGGCACUUCAGGAAGGUCAGCAUCCGGAAAAGUGCUAGGGCAGCCGUAACUAUCGGUCAAUCAGUGCCGGCCCUUUAUGCGAUAUUACACUAAUCUUAUCAUACGGUCGCGUCCAAAUCGAUCCUGGUAAUGUGGAAUCCCAGCGAUAACUAUCCCGCUCAACUAGUAUAAAUAGUUGGCGCUAAAUACCUAGCGACCAUAGUUUGGUGCCACCUCAAAACGUCAUGAAGUUCGUAAUACUGUGCGUAGCCAUCGCUGCAGUCGGUGUUUUCAGCGCUCCUCCGGAAUUGCCUCAACGUCUACGACCCUGGUGGAACCCAUCAGUACUUCUUGGGCGUCUAACACGCAAUUCAAGCAGUCGAAUCGUUGGUGGAUUCAAAGUAACCAUCGAGGAUGUCCCCUACCAGGUGUCCCUUCGCAAUUGGUCCGGCUUCCACAUCUGCGGAGGCUCGAUCAUCAGCCCCCGAUGGAUCCUAACCGCUGCCCACUGCGCCCCUACUACCGCUAAGCCACUCAGCACCAUCAUGGUUGGAUCCGCAGACCGCAAACAAGGCAAGGUCUUCAAACUGAAACGAAUCAUCUCCCAUCCGCUGUACGAUCCGAACACCGUCGACUAUGACUUCUCACUGCUGGAACUCCGAGAAGACAUUACCUUCGAUAGCACCCGAGCGAUGGUAGCCCUUCCGGAGCAGGACGAGACUGUAACCGAUGGAGCGCUGUGCCGAGUUUCCGGAUGGGGUGAUACGAUGAGUUUGACCGAGUCAACCAGUAUGCUACGGGCAACGGACGUCCCUACGAUACAUCAAGGCCGCUGCUCCGAUGCAUACGAAAACUUCGGGGGAGUCACGCCGAGGAUGCUCUGCGCCGGUUACUGGGAAGGUGGCAAGGACGCCUGCCAGGGUGACUCCGGAGGACCCCUGGUCAGCAACGGUAAACUUAUCGGAGUGGUUUCCUGGGGCUACGGAUGCGCCGUGGAAGGCUACCCCGGUGUAUACUCCCGGGUGGCAGCCGUACGCGACUGGAUCCGGAAGGAAGCCGGACUGUGAUGUGAUCUCUUUCAUUGAAUAAAUAGCAAUUAUAUCUUAAUGGUCGAGUGGGGUUUUCCGUUGAUAACCGUUCCCGGGAGCUUGUGUCCGCGUGACACGACGUACGACAGUCGUAUCAAUCGCUUUAAUUGGUAGCGAUUAGUUCCAAUAAAUGGUGCAUUUCAUAAUCGGUCGGCCGGUUGGACUUGU